AUGGACAAGAUGAGAGGUAUGCACACAGGGCUGAUGCAAGUAAUGAAUACCAUAGCUGCUAAUCAAGGGAGGCAAGGGUCUCAAGAAGCAGGUGGCAAUGGAGGUGCACCACCAGUCGUUCCAGUAGUUCUAGUCGCCCCAACAGCUCUAGUGGCGACAGAUCAUGGGACCCAAUUAUUGAAAGAUUUUAUGGCCUUCCGACCACCCGAGUUCCAUGGUGGCACAGAUGCUUCAGCGAUAGAGAAUUGGAUGUUGGCAAUAGAGAAGCACCAUCGAUCGAUUGGUUGUGUUGAUGAUCAUCGGGUUAGACUCGGUACCUUUCUACUUCGAGGAGAUACGAAGAGAUGGUGGGAGACUGCCCGCCAGAGGUUUGGAGAGAGGGAGCCGACUUGGGCAGAGUUCCAAGAGGUGUUUAAUGCGGCAUAUUGUCCUACAUGGGUUCGAGAGCAAACGGUAUACGAAUUUAUUGAUCUAGCACAAGGCAACAAGAUAGUGGCUCAGUACGAGGCAGAGUUUACAACAUUAGCCUGA